UUGGUUGUAAUAAUAGUUAAGACAAACGCAAAGCCAACGCAUAAAACACGUUGUGUUUCACGAAUUGAAUGAAUCAAAGAGGGUAUUCGCGUGAUUACAACGACAACAACAACAACAACAGUAACAGCCAUUACAACAGCCGCCAGAAUAUGGGCCGAAGAUAUCGCGGGAAAUACGGACCCAAACAGCAGACAAAGUGGUCGUCGGCCGACCGCAACGCCAGCAGUGCUGACGAUCUCAACAUAAACAUCACUAAUCGCGACGACGGCUCCGGACGACAGAUACGGUUCAAUUCGGGCAACAGAGACCACCCGAACCAGUCGGGCGCCGGCGGCAGUCGUUUCGGGUUUAGCAACUCGGCCGCAUAUCCGCGUCGAGUAGAUCCCGGCGAACGCAAUGACCGUAGUUUUGCCAAUUGGGCCAAUAAGAGUCGCGGCCGUAACGCCGCACCCGCUGGUCGUAAUGCCCGCGGCUUCAGACGCAACCAACAGUCAUAUAAUCAACAGUCGGGCCGCGAAAGAGAUGAUAUCGACAGUCAAUGGUUUAAAAUAACGAUCCCUUACGGCAGCAAAAUGGACAAAACGACACUUUUGACGCUUAUUCACGACACGAUGCAACUCGUCUUCACGCCAUAUAAUUACCACAAUGAGGGCCAAGCGAUCGUAUUUUUCGUAUUGGGUUUGGAAACGGCGGACGCCUUGAAGGGAAUCAGCCGUAAAAUAGCCGCUCCUUCUGGCCAUAAGCUGAUUGUUAUCGUUAACCGAUCGGCGAUACCACCGAUGCCUAUAGACCAGGAGUUGACAGACACUAUAAAGCUAGUGAUGAGCCAACGCUACGAUCCGAAUAACAAAGUGAUGGAUUUGUCAAAACUCCGCGAAGACAAUAAUCUUCAACAACUGGGUCUCUAUGUGUCGCUGAGUCGGCCCAAUAUGUUGAACACCGUUAUCACCAUAAUUAUGGACAACACGCCCGACAUCGUCGGUCUCAACCUUCGCGACAAUAAACUCAAUACUCUGGAGCCGUUGGUUAAGUUGGCCGCCGUUUGCGAGUCAUUGAAAGCCAUUGAUUUGUCGUCGAAUCAGAUCCGCAACACAUCUGAAUUGGAUUUCAUCAAAGGUUUGGAGUUAAUAGAGUUGGCUCUCGACGGCAAUCCCAUCUGCGAGACCUUCGAAGACCAGGCCGUGUAUAUCAGUUACAUUCGUUCGCGUUUUGCAAAACUCGUUAAACUGGAUAAUGAAGACCUCCCGGCGGCCAUUGGUUUCGAUGUUCAGGAGACCUCUAAUUUACCACAAUCUCUUGACAGCUUUCUGCCCGACGACGUCAAGACCUUCAUUCACGGCUUCUUUGAGGCCUAUUAUAACAUUUACGACUCGGAGGACAGACAGGGCUUAAUACAGGCCUAUCACGACCAGGCGUUGUUCUCGUUGAGUGUCUCACGACAUGACCAGAGUUACAGGUUUGCGGAGCGACUGAUCCUGGAGUCGAGAAACCUGUUGCGCGUCAAAGACAUUACGUUACGAAACAAACUGAUCAAAAGCGGGAAAGUACAGAUCGUGUCGGCGCUGUGCGAACUGCCGAUGACCCGACACGAGCCCCAGUCAUUUAAGAUAGACAUUCCCCUACAGACCAACUCAUUCAUACUCGUUGUGGUGAACGGCGUCUACCGGGAGCUCAUCAAAAAGCAACAGCCGUUGCGCGCCUUCUGUCGCACCUUCUAUAUCGUACCGCAAGGCCAGGGCUUUGUCAUCGUCAACGACCUCCUGGUGCUGACCACCGCUACCGUCGCUCAGGUGACCAAAUAUGGCAAACAAACCGUCGCCACCGCCGCACACGUCGAUAGAGUAAUGUCCGAACCGUUUGAGUCGAGCGGCAAAUGGAAAGGAGGACAGGGAGGCGGAGGAGGAGGUGUUGGCGGCGGUCACUCGUCGUCCGCUCUGUCACCGAACGAAGACAUUAUACAGAAGUUUAUGGCGUUUACGAAAAUGAACCGCUCGUUCGCCGUUCAGUGUCUCGAAGAGAAUGCAUAUAAUAUGGAGACCGCGUUCACUGUCUUCGAGAAGCUUAAGACCGAAAACAUGAUUCCCGCCGAAGCCUUCCAUCACUGA